AGGAAGAAGCCCAGUGUGCCACCAGAGAAGCCAGUGGCCAAGAAACAGAAGCUGAGUGGAGAGAGCUCUAGACCUGGAGCAGGAGGGUCCUCCAAGGCUGCAAACACCAAAACGGAGGAUGGCAUGUUCCAGGUUUGUCAUCUCUGGGUCACAGAUGAUUACAGACACAGAUAAUGCUGUUACACCUACAUGAUCAGACUGUUACAGACGCAGAUAAUGCUGUUACACCUACAUGAUCAGACUGUUACAGACACAGAUAAUGCUGUUACACCUACAUGAUCAGACUGUUACAGACACAGAUAAUGCUGUUACACCUACAUGAUCAGACUGUUACAGACACAGAUAAUGCUGUUACACCUACAUGAUCAGACUGUUACAGACACAGAUAAUGCUGUUACACCUACAUGAUCAGACUGUUACAGACACAGAUAAUGCUGUUACACCUACAUGAUCAGACUUAGAUGUGAUGUCAACACUGUCCCUGCUUAGCAGUAUAUCCCUAUCUAGAGACACUGUCUGUACAGCUGAACGGGGCCCUCUGCCUUCGCAAACACACGGGACUGCCAGCUUGACUAUGUACUAGCCAGUCGCGCCACCGAAAAGCCAGCAAUUUGGCAACGCGAUUUGGAGACGCUUCAAGCUGUGGAGUGAGCACACGGGUCUGAACCGUGUUAGUUACAGACAGUUAGACACGUCUUGAAGAAAAUAGUGUGACUGAUUUGUCUCUGUUUGUGUGUUCCAGAUUGGGAGAAUGCGAUACGUCAGUGUGAGGGAUUUUAAAGGGAAGUGUUUAGUUGACAUCAGAGAGUACUGGACGAACCAGGAUGGUGAAAUGAAGCCUGGCAAAAAAGGUACGUCCCUCACUUCAAAUGGUAGGCUGCUGAGGGUACUGUCAGAUUGUGAUAUCCUGUCUGUGACAGACAUUCAAGGCCUUUAUUACAGUGUCCUAGUCACCCUCUUCUGUCACACCUCUGUGUCUCCGUCUCCGCCUCCGGAUGUUUUGGAUAAAACUAAAAGACUAAUGUAUUUUAUUGUGGCUGUUUUAUUAAAGUGUAUUUUUGUCGAUUUUUGUUUCCAGGUAUCUCCUUAAACCCGGAGCAGUGGACCCAGCUCAAGGACCAGAUGUCAGAGAUCGACGACGCGAUCAAGAGAAUAUGA